AUAGUUCGUGAACGACACAAGCCUACCAUGGAAUUACGUGGUUUCACAUUAUUAGCGCUCUCUAAAAAUUUUAGCAAUACACGAUGCAAUCUAAAUUCUUUCCAGUGAUUGACUCACAGAUUUUAUCACUCUGCAGCAGAUAUUUAUUUCAGUGCCAUGUUAUUCAUAGGUAGGGCGCCGAAGUGCGAAGAAAUGAAGUGCAGUGAUACAAAAGAAUUACACACUAAAAUGAUUUUAGAAAGGUUUAGAACGGUGUUGAUAUGGUCUAUUGUGGUGUGUACGUUGGCUGUGGUCGUCUCUUUGCACAAGUUACUUACAUAUGAGGCAAAAUACUCCAAGCCAUUCUUUCCUAUACCCAUUGGGUUGUAUGGUAACUACCUGGAAACGGUUUCCGAGGACACGCCGCUGCCGUCGGCCAAGUCUAAGGACACCGUUCGAGAUGCCGAAGCUGUGGUGUCCCUAGCAGCUGCUCUAGAGAUGAAAAAACAUGGGAAAGCUGACAAGGCCUUAAAACUCUUCCAACACGCAUUUGCACUGUCCCCUAAACACGCCGAUGUUUUAAACCACUACGGGGAAUUCCUAGAAGACACAAAAAAAGAUGUAGUCAGAGCUGACCAACUCUACACAUUAGCAUUAAAUAAUUAUCCAGACCAUACAGGGGCUUUGAUGAACAGACAACGCACAGCGAGUAUAGUUGAAAACUUAGACAGAGAAAUGUUAAGGAAAAUAGACGAAAAACGAGAUGCACUGUCAUCCAUACCCGAGAACAACUCUGCUUUGCGGAGAGCUAAGAAAGAGGCUUAUUUUCAACACAUUUACCACACAGUUGGUAUAGAAGGGAACACAAUGACAUUACAGCAAACAAGGAGUAUAUUAGAGACUAGAAUAGCUGUUUCAGGCAAAAGUAUUGAUGAGCAUAAUGAGAUUUUAGGUUUAGAUGCAGCUAUGAAGUAUAUUAAUUCAACAUUGUUGUACCGCUUGAGGGAUGUGACUAUGGGGGACAUACUGGAGAUCCACAAAAGGGUUUUGGGACAUGUGGACCCGGUGGAGGGAGGGCAGUUCAGGCGCACACAGGUGUAUGUCGGGGGGCACAUCCCGCCCGGGCCCUCUGAGAUACAGAGACUGAUGCAACAGUUUUUAGAGUGGCUGAACUCUGAAGAUGCCUUAGACUUACAUCCAGUGAGGUACGCAGCCCUAGCGCACUACAAGCUGGUCCACAUCCACCCCUUCAUCGACGGCAACGGACGGACAUCGCGUCUGCUUAUGAACCUACUGCUCAUGCAAGCGGGCUUCCCGCCUGUCAUCGUGCCUAAACAACAUAGGCACUUAUACUACCAGCAUCUACAGACGGCUAAUGAAGGCGACGUGCGGCCUUUUGUCCGAUUCAUAGCGCAAUGCACGGAGCGCACGCUGAACUUGUACCUGUGGGCGACGAGCGAGUACUCCCACAUGGUGCCCGCCAUCGGCGACCAACACAUCCUGGCCGGCGAACUCGAGAUGGAAGACCCGCUGUGACCGCAUACAAACAUAGCAUUAUACGCAUUCAUAGCUAUUCAAAGUAUGGUGGAAACUUUUUAAUUGAUUACAUGUACAAGAGAAGCGGGGAGUGAUCAAUACGAUAUGGUUCGCAGUUGCUACUGUCAAAAAUUCGAUUGAUGAUGCUAGCAUGGGUUUUUCUUGCGAUGAGAUUUCGUGUCGCAUGGAUUUCCAGAAAAUACGGAAGUAUUAGAUUAACAGAAAAUCCUAUGCUGGCGACAUCUGUAAAAAAAAAUUGAACCUUACUAUCUCGAUCGCGUGGAGUAGGUAGAUGAAACGGAACCGAAGGCUGCAUGUACAUGUUGAUGUAUUAAAAGGCAAAAUACCGACUGUUUACCCUUGCUCAGUUGAAAUUAGACUAGGUAAUUCAGUUAUUCUUUGUCUAUUGUGACCGAGAUUGUUCUUUAUAAAUUCCUGUUUAAGUCAGGCCAUUUGUGCCUUUUAAUCUUAUUUGUGUAGUGCUCUUGUUUUGAGUGUUCGAUCUGGCGGUCUAGCACAACUUGCGGUCUCGCCCGCGGGUCCAUACUUGAAGUCACACUUGAUGUACUGGUAUGUACUCGCGUGCGAGACCGUAAGUUGUACUAAACCGCCUGCACGGAAGCAUGGUCGUGCGAUAGACGAUAAAAUAUCAAGCCGUCCCUAUCGCACUUACAAAUAGUGCGAUAUGGACGGCCUGCUAUUUUAUCGUCUAUCGCGCCACCAUGCUUCCCGUGCUGAUGUAGAUACAUUUAACUAGAGUAUACCUAGACAUUAUUGGUCGUUGGUAUUUAGUGACCAUAUAGGUCGUUGCACGCUAUUGAUGCUGUCUGUGUCACAUUUUAUAUUGAAAGUUUCAUAAUAAUUUUAUUUAUGUAUUAGGGCCCAUUUAGACGGUAAGAGAACUCGCAUACGAGUUUUAUUACAUUGCGGUAUUUGAUGGCUGUG